AUGUUGCGUCACUAACGUGCGCCGACAGCAGAACCACGAAAGGAUUUGGACAAAUUUACCUGAGAAGCAACUUCGCCACCUAUUUAAACACUGCCUUUGCUUGUUCGAUGUUUAUUAAUGCGUGAAUACAAUUCAGUGCGUGAUACUUUUUGUAUUAUGUGUUGGAGGACUUUUCCACAGUCUUUGCCGUAAAAAUCCAAGUUACCUGCAUCGUUAGCAGCUGUAUCCCGUUACAAACUGCUGUGCGUUGUUAGCGGAGCCGCGGCUAGCUGUGGCUGCAAACAAAUGAAACCUUAUUUGCACGACGUCGGUGGACAGAGUACGGAUUUUAGGAUAAACCAAAUAAAGUUAAGCCCCUAGAUAGUUAGUUUGUGGCCAUUUUCAGUUAUUGGUUAGUCUAGAGAAGCCUGUUCUCAUCACUACCAGCUAGCGAAAGACUUCCUGUGGCCGAUGUUGGAAAGGGCAAAUAAACUGAAUAUCAAGUUUUAUUGAACCUAAUGGAUACAUGGAGCAAGGAGAGUCUAAUCCACACUGAUCAUUCAAAAAAAAUUCCAGAGGGGGAGUUGUAAAUUAAUGCUGAUCUUCUGAUAACAUGCCCAGUCUUUGAGGCGUGUUACGAGUGAUGGCUAUGGCUUCCUCAAUCACAGAUGAUUCCAAGGAGUCUCCCUCUGAUCACCUGUCAUGCUGUCCACCUGAUGAGAUCACAGAGGAGCUCCAGGCUAGUGAAUCAAACACAGCUGUGAAAGCUCAAAAGUCUGGAAAGUUUAGGAGAACUGCCUUGACCUUUUUUGGUGUUCGUAAAACAAUCUGCAUCUUGCCCAGCUUUUUCGUGGGGAGAAGUAAAAAUCUGAGUAAGUGGUCUUCUAAAAAAGCCAUCUUCAAAAGCAAAACACAUGAUGGGCUCAGUAAAGUUUGCCAUGAUGACAAUCACAGAGGUGGCUAUGCCUCUGCUGGAGCCUUUGUGUAUGACAGCCACAGGGAUGUUGCAGCGGAUCUCCACAGCUGUUGUCACAAUAAAUUAAGUCCCUCCUCAGUUGAUCAGAAAUCUCUGAGUCUCCCCCGACAGAAAAGAGGGUUAAGGAGUCUCUUUCAAAGCAUAAAACAGCACAGAAACAACAGAAAUGGGAUAGAUAAAGGAGAAAUAUUUGCAACACGGAGUGAAACCCAGGUGCCUAUUGUCCAGAGCUACACUGAACAGCAUCUUACAGAGUGCCUGGGAUCUGAACCAGAUGUGCCUGACUUUGAUAACACUGUUGGUCCUCAAUGCACAGAAGAUUUGGAGGGGCACGUAUUAAUGAAAAAUAGUCCAAAAUCUAAGUUUGUUCAUGAGCUAAAUGAUAAUCAAAUAGAUGAGGUUAACCUAGUAGCACUAGUUUCUAGCGAUUAUGAGGAGUUGUCCAGAGUGCAGAGUGACCCAUGUUUAAAAUUGGAAAUGGUGCCUGAACCUAUGCUGAAGUCAGAAGCCACUGCUGGUUCAUGUGAGCAACUGAAUGUAAUGUUUGAAGAUGUAGCCUCAUUAAAGAGUUUUGACUCACUCACAGGCUGUGGAGACAUAAUUGCAGAUCAAGAAGAUGAUAGCAUCACAGAGAGCACUGUUUCUGGGGAGCGGAGUCGAAAUGGGGGCAAGAGGGCUUCCUGCUAUCUAACUUAUCAGGGAGGUGGCGAAGAUAUGGCCUGUCCGGAAGAUUUGGGCGAAGAGUAUCCAGACAAUAUGUGGGUUAACGAUGCAUCAGAGGAAAUAUGUUGUGCUUGUAACCAGGAUCUCACAGAUUUGAGCACUGAACUGACAGGAUCUCACAAUAUGGACUUGAUGAACAGCAAUAGUGCACAACAGGGAGCUGACAACUCCACUGCAGAUGUGUUGACUCCUCAGAGUGAACAUCAAGAGUCUGUCCCAAACAGCGACGAAGGCUACUAUGACUCAACUACUCCAGGGCCAGAGGAGGGUCAAGAAAAGGCAGAGAGGCUGCAGCCAGAUAGAUUACCCCGGGACAGCUACAGUGGUGAUGCCCUCUAUGAACUUUUUGCACCAGAUGAAAGUCUUAUCAGUCCGCAUUAUGAAAAGAAGUCACUGCUCUCUGGUUCAGAUGAGAGUGAGUAUUUAAAUAAGCCAGUGGAAUUCACAGACCCUGCCUUUCUCCCUGACAUAAAUGAUUUAAAACUAGAUGAUUCGCUGUACGAAGCUCACAGUUUUCUAGAAAUGCCAUGCAGUAAACCCCCAGAACUUACACAAAACCCAAUUGGUCUGCAUGAAUCACAGGCCUUUGUUAACAAGAAUAUGAAAACAAGUGCUUCUGCUAGAAAAUCUCCAGAUGCUGAGUAUGUGAAACGACACAGUGCUAUAUCCUUUGGUAGCACAUCUGACCCAGAUUUUGAAACCUUCUGUGAGCCUAAAGAACAGCUUCUUGAAGAAAACAAGCCAGUGGCUUUACCAUACAGAAACAUUAAAACUCAGUGUACAGAGGUUAUCGAGGAUGUGGACAAUGAACAAACUGUAUGUUUCUCACAAGCACUUGAAGAUUUCACUAAACGCACUCAGAUGAUGAGUAACUUGCACAACAAUAUGGAUAGUCUGGAAACGAGUCCAGCCUUCAUUCCUAACAUGGAGGCCUUACCCGCCAUAGUCACGUUUGAUGUGGUGAAUAUGCACAAUGAGGGGGAAUAUGAUGAACAGAUACAGAUGGACAUGGAAGAGGAGCUUUCCUCUCCAUAUCAAGAGUUUGAAGAAAGUUACCUGCAAAAGGAUGCAUUUGCUGAAUGCGACUAUCAGACGUUGGAUCUUUAUGAACAGAACCUUCUAAGUAAUACAUGGGCAAUAGCAAGUCUUCCUCGACAUCUGGGCCUUAGUAAAGUGAGCCAAUUUUUACCUGCCCCGCUGUCUCAGGACAGAAGAAGUAGAUCUUUGGACACUGAAGACUUGGACUUAAACAUGCCUGAAAAAUGCAAAAACCACAGAGGUGCUUUGCCCUCAUGUUUUUUGAUGGAAAGGGAGAGAGGAUCCUCAUCUCACAAAAGUCUGCAUGUACCCCUGAAAGAUGGCAGCAUUACAUCACCAUGGCAAACUAAGUCAGACAUGGCUUUGAGUCUUUGUUCGACCAUGCCCAUACCUGUAAAAACCUGUAAAAGUAUGAAUCAAACCCAACUUGAUACCAAAACCUCUGUUACACUGAACACUGAUAGCAGUAAAUCACUGCGUCUUUACUCCAGUACGUCCGACAGUGCUUCUUCUGAAUUAUUUUCAAGUCCAGAACUUUAUAACAGAAAGUGUCAUCUCCCUUUGCAGACAGAUUCUUGUUUACCUCACACCUCUCUUUAUUACACUGAAAUGAUGGAAGAUGGUUCACUGUUAAAUGAUCAAGAAGAACAUCUUUUUGAUAAAGCUGCUGUUAGCACGUUGUCUUAUAAUCCAUCUAGAGAGGCUAUUUCUCAACAUUCUAUCAAUUCAGCUCUCUCUGUUGAUCAAACUAAGUACAACUAAAUUCUACUCUAAUUUGCCAGGUAUUUUGCGGAGUGCCUAUAUGAGUGUGUUACAAUGGAAGGAGUAAUUGUUGCUAAGUGUGUAUGUGCUUGUAUGUGUUUUUAACACAAAAAACUGAAAUGUUAAAUACUGUGAUAAAAGUUGUGGUAGAAUCACAUAAUUUAAGUACAUUAUUAUUAUUAUUAUUAUUAUUAUUAUUAUUGGUAAUGCUCUAAGAUAGAGAGGGAUUUGUUUUCUCUGUAUUACUACAUAACAUAAGCAUAGUAUUUGUGAUUUGUUUUUCAGACGUUUUACAAAAAUAUUAGUUUCAGGAAACUGAUCUCCAUUGUUUUUUAUCACCUCAUUGCCUUGAAUGGCAUUUUCAUGCUUGAUUUCCAAACAAAAGAAAAUACUGGCUGAACAACCAUCCUUAGGGCUGGGUUUUUUUUGUUUUUUUGUUGCACGUUUGGAAUUGUAUGCCACUUGUCUCAGUCAUUGUUUACUGUUCUCUGAAGUUGCUUUGGACACUACAAAUAGCUUUUUUUUAGCAAUUUAGUUGCAAAUGAAUACAGUACAUUGCUUAGCUAUUUUAUGUAAAUUAGCUUUGCCUUAUUUGGUGUUUUCAUCCUUUAUCUUGGGUUUAUAACGAUGUUUGGAGUUUUGACAAAGCAUAAAAUUUUGCAUUUUUUAUUUUGGUUCAGAGUUUUAGCAACAAAUGUAUUUUUUAUAUCGUGUAAGUCACUUCUAUUUGCACAUUGUAUUGUAAUCAGAGUGAAUGCAAACUUUUGACUAAUGAAAUUGUUGAUUUCCUUGAAAUCUGUUACUAUUUUGCCAUUGUAAAACACUGCCUUACACAUAAUAAACUUUAU